AUGGGAGCUCACUAUGAAGAGGGGAUUGAGAACAUCUGGAUCCAGGGUGUGAAGUGUCUCGGGACAGAGCCAGCCCUCGAUCAGUGUUUGGGUAGCCCCCAGGGAAUGAAGAACUGCACACAUAGCCAGGCUGCUGGAGUAAUCUGUACAGGUCCAGUACCUGUGCGGCUGGUAAAUGGUACCGACCUGUGCUCUGGGAGAGUUGAGGUUUAUCGUAACUCCGUCUGGGGUACUAUUUGUGACACUGGCUGGAAUGAAACUGCAGCAAGUGUGGUCUGCAGAGUGUUGAAUUGUGGAACUGUCCGGUCAGUGCACACUGGAGCCUACUUUGGAGAAGGAAAUGGAGUUAUCUGGUUUGAUGAUGUGAGUUGUAAUGGGACAGAGCCUGCGCUUGAUCAGUGCUCUGUCAAUCCACGGGUGGGGAAAAACUGCACACACAGGAAAGAUGCUGGAGUUACGUGUUCAGGUCCAAUACCAAUACGGCUGGUGAAUGGAACCAAUAAGUUCUCUGGGAGAGUUGAGAUCUUUCACAACUCAGCCUGGGGAACUGUGUGCAAUAAUGGCUGGGAUGUAAAUGCAGCAAAUGUCGUCUGUAGAAUGUUGAAUUAUGGGAUUGCCACGGCAGGACAGACCAGAGCCAACUAUGUAGAUGGUACUGGAGACAUCUGGCUGAGUGAUGUGAAAUGUUCGGGGAUGGAGACUGCCCUUGAUCAGUGCUCCAGAAGUCCGAUUGGGGUGAAUAACUGCACACAUGGCCAGGACGUUGGAGUCAUUUGCUCUGGGCCUUUCCUGGUCAGACUGGUUGGUGGAAACAUGUGCUCAGGGAGAGUGGAGGUCCUUCAUGAGUCUACCUGGGGAACGGUCUGUAAUGAUGGCUGGAAUCUCAUCAAUGGAGACAUCGUCUGCAAACAGCUGGACUGUGGGAAGGCCGAGUCAGUAACUGGGGUUUAUCGUGGACAGGGGGCUGGUGAGAUGUUGUUGAGUGGCGUGCAAUGCAGUGGGAUAGAAUCUGCUCUCGAUCAGUGCCUCGCAAACCCCUUCAGGAGCAGUAACUGUUCGCACACCCAGGAAGCUGCUGUCAGCUGCUCAGGUCCGGUGCCCUUACGUUUGGUGAAUGGUACUAACAUGUGUUCUGGAAGAGUUGAGGUCUAUCGUAACUCUGUCUGGGGAACCGUUUGUGACAAUGGAUGGGACAUAAAUGCAUCAGAGGUAGUCUGCAGAGCGUUGAACUGUGGGACAGCCUUGUCGGCACAGACUGGGGCCUACUAUGGAGCGGGGAGAGGGAACAUCUGGGCUUCAGGAGUGAAAUGUCUUGGGACAGAACCUUCCCUCGAUCAGUGCUCUGUUACUUUCUUGAAGAACUGUACACAUAGCCAAGAUGCUGGGGUGAUCUGUUCAGGUCCAGUACCUGUCCGGCUGGUGAAUGGUACCAGCAUGUGUUCCGGGAGAGUUGAGGUCUAUCGUAACUCCAUCUGGGGAACUGUUUGUGACAACAGCUGGGAUAAAAAAGCAGCGAGUGUGGUCUGCAGAGUGUUGAACUGUGGGACAGCCCUGUCAGCACCGAAAGGAGCCUACUAUGGAUAUGGGUCUGGAGACAUUUGGUUGGAUGAUGUGAAGUGUAAUGGGACAGAGGCUGCCCUCGAUCAAUGUUCUGCUAACCCACAAGUGGGGAAUAACUGCACACAUGGCCAGGAUGCUGGAGUUACCUGUUCAGGUCCGAUAUCUGUCCGGCUGGUGAAUGGUUCCAACAUGUGUUCUGGGAGAGUUGAAGUCUACCGUAACUCCAUCUGGGGAACCAUCUGUGACAAUGGCUGGAAUUUAAAUGCAGCAAGUGUGAUCUGCAGAGUGUUGAACUGUGGGAAGUCUUUGUCCAUAACAAGAAGUGCUUACUAUGGAGAGGGGAGUGGGGUCAUCUUGUUAGAUAAUGUGAAUUGUACUGGGACAGAGCCUGCCCUCGAUCAAUGCUCUGCCAACCCAAAGGUGGGAUAUAAUUGCACACACAAGGAGGAUGCUGGAGUCAUCUGUUCAGGUCCAGUACCUGUGCGGCUGGUGAAUGGGCCUAAUGUGUGCUCCGGGAGAGUUGAGGUCUAUCGUAACUUUGAGUGGGGGACUAUCUGUGACAAUGGCUGGAAUGAAAAUGCACCAAGUGUGGUUUGCAGAGUGUUGAAUUGUGGAUCGGCUUUGUCAGCACCAAGAGGGGCCUACUACGGAAAUGGAUCCGGGGCUAUCUGGAUGGAUAAUGUGAGAUGUAACGGGAAUGAGCCUGCCCUCGAUCAGUGUUCUGCCAACCCACAGGUUGGGAGUAACUGCACACACAGGAAUGACAUUGGAGUUGUCUGCUCAGGUCCUGUAUCCGUACGGCUGGUGAAUGGAACCAACAUGUGCUCUGGGAGAGUUGAAGUAUACCGUAACUCUUUUUGGGGAACCAUCUGUGACAAUAACUGGGAUAAAAACGAGUCGGAUGUGGUCUGCAGAAUGUUGAACUGUGGGACGGCUGUAUCAGCACCAGGAGGCUCUCAGUAUGGAGCGGGAACUGGAAACAUCUGGUUGGAUAGUGUGAAUUGUAGUGGGACAGAGACUGCCCUUGAUCAGUGCCCUGCCAAUCCACAGGUGGGGAUUAACUGCACACACAGUAGGGAUGCUGCAGUUAUCUGUUCAGGUCCAGUCCCUAUACGGCUGAUGAAUGGUAUCAACAUGUGCUCAGGGAGAGUUGAAGUCUAUCGUAAAUCCAGUUGGGGUGCUGUCUGUGACAGUUCGUCAGCCCAGGCGAUAGCGAGCGUCGUCUGCAGGGUGUUGAACUGUGGGGCAGCUUUGUCAGCAACAAAUGGUAGUCACUACAGUGGAGAGGGGACUGGUAUCAUCUGGUUGGAUAAUAUGCAAUGUGUUGGGACAGAGCCUGCCCUCGAUCAGUGCAUUGCCAAUCCAAGGGUGGAAAAUAACUGUACACAGGGACAAAAUGCUGAAGCUGUCUGCUCAGGUCCAGUGCCUAUACGCUUGGUGAACGGGCCCAGCAUGUGCUCUGGGAGAGUUGAGAUUUAUCGGAAUUCUGCCUGGGGCACUAUUUGCAACAAUGGCUGGAAUAUUCGUGCAGCAAGUGUGGUCUGCAGAAUGUUGAACUGUGGGACAGCCCUGUCAGCACCAGGAGGAGUCGACUAUGGAGUGGGGACUGGGGAUAUCUGGUUGGAUGAUGUGAGGUGUAAUGGGACCGAGCCAGCCCUCGAUCAGUGCUUAGCCAAUCCAUGGGUGGGGAAUAACUGCGCACACAGCCAGGAUGUUGGAGUUGCCUGUUCAGGUCCAGUGCCUAUACGCUUAGUGAACGGGCCCAGCAGGUGCUCUGGGAGAGUUGAGAUUUAUCGGAAUUCUGCCUGGGGCACUAUUUGCGACAAUGGCUGGAAUAUUCGUGCAGCAAGUGUGGUCUGCAGAAUGUUGAACUGUGGGACAGCCCUGUCAGCACCAGGAGGAGCCGACUAUGGAGUGGGGACUGGGGAUAUCUGGUUGGAUGAUGUGAGGUGUAAUGGGACCGAGCCGGCCCUCGAUCAGUGCUUAGCCAAUCCAUGGGUGGGGAAUAACUGCACACACAGCCAGGAUGUUGGAGUUGCCUGUUCAGGUCCAGUCCCUGUACAAUUAGUGAAUGGGACCAGUAUGUGCUCUGGAAGAGUUGAGGUCUAUCAUGACUCUGACUGGGGGACUGUCUGUGCUAAUGGCUGGGACACAAAUGCAAUGAAUGUGGUCUGCAGAAUGUUGAAUUGUGGGAGAGCCUUGUCAGGAGGUGACUAUGGAAACGGAAGUGGGAAGAUUUGGUUGGAUAAUGUGACAUGUCUUGGAACAGAGUCUGCCCUCAGUCAGUGCUCUGCCAAUCCAUGGGGGGUGAAUACAUGUAUUGACAGGAGGGAUGCUGGAGUGACCUGUUCAGGUCCGGUGCCCUUACGUUUGGUGAAUGGUACUAACAUGUGUUCUGGAAGAGUUGAGGUCUAUCGUAACUCCGUCUGGGGAACCGUUUGUGACAAUGGAUGGGACAUAAAUGCAUCGGAGGUAGUCUGCAGAGCGUUGAACUGUGGGACAGCCUUGUCGGCACAGACUGGGGCCUACUAUGGAGCGGGGAGAGGGAACAUCUGGGCUUCAGGAGUGAAAUGUCUUGGGACAGAACCUUCCCUUGAUCAGUGCUCUGUUACUUCCUUGAAGAACUGCACACAUAGCCAAGAUGCUGGGGUGAUCUGUUCAGGUCCAGUACCUGUCCGGCUGGUGAAUGGUACCAGCAUGUGUUCCGGGAGAGUUGAGGUCUAUCGUAACUCCAUCUGGGGAACUGUUUGUGACAACAGCUGGGAUAAAAAAGCAGCGAGUGUGGUCUGCAGAGUGUUGAACUGUGGGACAGCCCUGUCAGCACCGAAAGGAGCCUACUAUGGAUAUGGGUCUGGAGACAUUUGGUUGGAUGAUGUGAAGUGUAAUGGGACAGAGGCUGCCCUCGAUCAAUGUUCUGCUAACCCACAAGUGGGGAAUAACUGCACACAUGGCCAGGAUGCUGGAGUUACCUGUUCAGGUCCGAUAUCUGUCCGGCUGGUGAAUGGUUCCAACAUGUGUUCUGGGAGAGUUGAAGUCUACCGUAACUCCAUCUGGGGAACCAUCUGUGACAAUGGCUGGAAUUUAAAUGCAGCAAGUGUGAUCUGCAGAGUGUUGAACUGUGGGAAGUCUUUGUCCAUAACAAGAAGUGCUUACUAUGGAGAGGGGAGUGGAGUCAUCUUGUUAGAUAAUGUGAAUUGUACUGGGUCAGAGCCUGCCCUCGAUCAAUGCUCUGCCAACCCAAAGGUGGGAUAUAAUUGCACUCACAAGGAGGAUGCUGGAGUCAUCUGUUCAGGUCCAGUACCUGUGCGGCUGGUGAAUGGGCCUAAUGUGUGCUCCGGGAGAGUUGAGGUCUAUCGUAACUUUGAGUGGGGGACUAUCUGUGACAAUGGCUGGAAUGAAAAUGCACCAAGUGUGGUUUGCAGAGUGUUGAAUUGUGGAUCGGCUUUGUCAGCACCAAGAGGGGCCUACUACGGAAAUGGAUCCGGGGCUAUCUGGAUGGAUAAUGUGAGAUGUAACGGGAAUGAGCCUGCCCUCGAUCAGUGUUCUGCCAACCCACAGGUUGGGAGUAACUGCACACACAGGAAUGACAUUGGAGUUGUCUGCUCAGGUCCUGUAUCCGUACGGCUGGUGAAUGGAACCAACAUGUGCUCUGGGAGAGUUGAAGUAUACCGUAACUCUUUUUGGGGAACCAUCUGUGACAAUAACUGGGAUAAAAACGAGUCGGAUGUGGUCUGCAGAAUGUUGAACUGUGGGACGGCUGUGUCAGCACCAGGAGGCUCUCAGUAUGGAGCGGGAACUGGAAACAUCUGGUUGGAUAGUGUGAAUUGUAGUGGGACAGAGACUGCCCUUGAUCAGUGCCCUGCCAAUCCACAGGUGGGGAUUAACUGCACACACAGUAGGGAUGCUGCAGUUAUCUGUUCAGGUCCAGUCCCUAUACGGCUGAUGAAUGGUAUCAACAUGUGCUCAGGGAGAGUUGAAGUCUAUCGUAAAUCCAGUUGGGGUGCUGUCUGUGACAGUUCGUCAGCCCAGGCGAUAGCGAGCGUCGUCUGCAGGGUGUUGAACUGUGGGGCAGCUCUGUCAGCAACAAAUGGUAGUCACUACAGUGGAGAGGGGACUGGUAUCAUCUGGUUGGAUAAUAUGCAAUGUGUUGGGACAGAGCCUGCCCUCGAUCAGUGCAUUGCCAAUCCCAGGGUGGAAAAUAACUGUACACAGGGACAAAAUGCUGAAGCUGUCUGCUCAGGUCCAGUGCCUAUACGCUUGGUGAACGGGCCCAGCAUGUGCUCUGGGAGAGUUGAGAUUUAUCGGAAUUCUGCCUGGGGCACUAUUUGCAACAAUGGCUGGAAUAUUCGUGCAGCAAGUGUGGUCUGCAGAAUGUUGAACUGUGGGACAGCCCUGUCAGCACCAGGAGGAGUCGACUAUGGAGUGGGGACUGGGGAUAUCUGGUUGGAUGAUGUGAGGUGUAAUGGGACCGAGCCAGCCCUCGAUCAGUGCUUAGCCAAUCCAUGGGUGGGGAAUAACUGCGCACACAGCCAGGAUGUUGGAGUUGCCUGUUCAGGUCCAGUGCCUAUACGCUUAGUGAACGGGCCCAGCAGGUGCUCUGGGAGAGUUGAGAUUUAUCGGAAUUCUGCCUGGGGCACUAUUUGCAACAAUGGCUGGAAUAUUCGUGCAGCGAGUGUGGUCUGCAGAAUGUUGAACUGUGGGACAGCCCUGUCAGCACCAGGAGGAGCCGACUAUGGAGUGGGGACUGGGGAUAUCUGGUUGGAUGAUGUGAGGUGUAAUGGGACCGAGCCAGCCCUCGAUCAGUGCUUAGCCAAUCCAUGGGUGGGGAAUAACUGCACACACAGCCAGGAUGUUGGAGUUGCCUGUUCAGGUCCUGUGCCGAUAAGGCUGGUAGAUGGGAUUACCACGUGCUCAGGCAGAGUCGAGGUCUAUCGUAACUCCAGCUGGGGAACAGUGUGUGACGCUGGCUGGAAUAUCAAUGCAGCAAAUGUGACCUGCAUGGCAUUGAACUGUGGGACUGCCCUGUCAGAAAGAAGCUGCCCUUGUUUGAGUGAGGCGACUGGGAAAAUCUGGAUGACAAAUGUGACAUGUAGUGGGACAGAGCCUACACUUCAUCAGUGCUCCUCCAACCCUCUGGUGGAGUCUAUGUGCACCCAUAGUCAGGAUGCCAGCGUUAUUUGCUCAGCUGUGACAUCAGUGCGCCUGGUGCGUGGCAACAACAUAUGCUCCGGUAGAGUUGAGGUUUAUCGUGAAUCUACCUGGGGAACCAUCUGUGAUAAUGGAUGGGAUAUAAACGAAGCAAAAGUCGUCUGCAGAGUGCUGAACUGUGGGACAGCUGUAUCAGCAACAAGUGGCACCUACUAUGGAGAGGGGACUGGGAAAAUCUGGUUGGAUGAUCUGAGAUGUGAUGGGACAGAGUCUGACCUCACCCAGUGCUCUGCUACGUCAGUGGUGGCAAGAAACUGCACAAGCAAGACACUUGCUGGAGUGAUCUGCUCUGGUCCACUGCCCAUCCGACUGGUAAACAACACACAUAUGUGCUCCGGGAGAGUUGAGAUAUAUGGCAGAUCUGGCUGGCGCAAUAUCUGCAACAAUAGCUGGGAUUUAAAUUCAGCAAAUGUAGUCUGCAGAAUGUUGAACUGUGGGAAGGUGCUGAAAGCAACAACUUACCUUCAGGAGGGAACUGCAAACAUCUCAAUGUUUAACAUAAGAUGUACCGGGAAAGAGGCUGCCCUAGAUCAGUGUGCUGCCAGUGUAUCAGCGGAGAAAUACUGCAAACACCGGACUGUUGCUGGAGUGAUCUGCUCAGGAAGUGUCAAGACUUUGUCUCACAGAACCUGCCUUACCCAGAAAGAUGUCGAUCAGAAACAUGUGGUUGGAAGAGUACAUUUCUCCUUGACUGGUGGGAACCUUUGUCCCUCUGAUCCUCAGGUGACAGAGACUUUGAAGAAAGUGAUUAGUUCAAUCCUGGCAUCUAUCCGCGGGGGCCGACUGUUGAAAGUUGAAGUGAACCCAAGUCUGAACUGCGUGAACAGAAGAAAGACACAGCCGAAUUGAAGACUGUUUCAUUUUAGAGCAGCUUCAGCCCAGAAGCAGCCAUGGAUAACUGGAGCAGUGCUGCACUCUUCAAAACAUCAUUUUCCUUUCCAGGCAGUGUUUGUUAUUCUUUGUUUCUCUGCACAGUCAGCUCAUCCCUGCCUGGAUUAAGCGACCUUAGCCUUCCCUUCCUCUGUAAUCUCGAGCUGGAAUUCUGGAGAUUGUCAGAAAAAGUGAGUUCAGAAUGAUAGGCGAGACAAUAAUGCAAAGGGUACCUAGUGAUUUAUCAACAUAUUAAUUCUCAGCUUUCACCUGUGAAGGGAGUCUUUCUAAAAACUAAAGUGUGAUUUUAAAGCAUACUUGCUUUAUUACAUUGUUUUGAUGCAGUUUUCAGCAGAAUUUGAUAAUACAACUGGAUUGCCUUUAUUAAAAAAGUAAUAACAAUUGAAAGUGCACUUCUUUGCCAGUAAAGUGGUAAAAGACGUUGUACCAACACAAUAUUCCAUGUUAUUGUUUAUAAGCAGAGACAGAGAACUUUAAUGAAUGGCAGGUAGAAUGGAAGAAAUGUUGUCCAUAGAACAAAGGGAAGCAUACCAUACACCUCCUUCACCUCCGAACCAAUCAUGUUGCCACUUUCAACGAGCUUUGGACUUGCAUCCCAAGAUCCGACUGUAUGCCAAUGUUCCUAACGGUCCUGCCAUUUUACUGCGUGUUUUCCUCUUCCAUUUGACCUCCCAAAAUGCAUCACCUCACACUUGUCUAGAUUAAACUCUAUCUGUGGUUUCUCCACUGAUCUAUGUCAUGCUGCAUCCUUUGACAAUCUUCCUCACUAUCCAUACUCCACCAAUUUUUGUGUCAUCUGCAAACUUUCUAAUCAGACCACCUACAUUUUCAUACAAAUUGUUUAUGCUGUUUACAAACAACAGACAUCCCAAUGUAUGGACAAUAUGGAGAUUCCUAAAGAAGGUAGGAAAUGUCAAAAGGUGAUCUUGAAAAGCGAGAGUGAUUGUUCUGGACAAGAGAAGGGGUAUAUGGUAUUAGGUAAUGCAGAAAUGUGGGGAAUGUCACAUCAAAUUUAGGUCUAGGUGUUGGAAUGAAGCAUUUGAAAUUUAACCAUUCAACCCAAUGCUGUACUGAGUUUGAGAUUGUAACCUGCUUUGAAUAUUAUGCUUAAUAAGUUUAUAAAUGUCAUAUCCAGUGUUGUGAGCCCUUUUGUUUCAAGGAUCUAAUUCCAGCAGCACCUUCUAAACCCAAAACAUCUAACAUCUAGAAGGACAAGGGCAGCAGAUACUUGGGAACACCACCAUCAGCAAAUUCUCUUCCAAGACACACAUCAUCCUGCCUUGAAACUCUAUCACCAUUUUUUACUGCAGCUGAGUCAAAAUCCUCCUUGGGUAGAGGGACAUUGUGGGUCUAAGGACUGCAGCAGUUCACAAGGCAGCUUACCACCACCUAGGAUAAUUAGGAAUGGGCUGGCUAAGCCAGAAAUGCCAUGCCCCAUCAAUCAAAAAAAGUUUAACUGAUCUCCCAUAAUCAAUGGAGUAUUGUCUUGACAGAAACAGAAAUAUACACUGUUGGGGAGUUCUACAAUCCAGGUUGACACUCAUUACCGUACUGCCAGUACUGAGGGACUGCUACUCUAUUCAAAAUAAAUACAUGUAUUCUAAGAUUUGAGCCCUUAAAUUAGGCCAAUACUUCUAAUAAUGAUACAGCACCGUUGGAAAUGCAGUCCUUUGAAUCAAGCAUUACAGUAGCAUAAGGGAUCUCUCCUUGGUGUCCUGGGCUUAGUAUUGAUCCUUCAGUUGACAUCAUGAAAACAGGAGUACAGGGAUCCUAUAUAUGAGCUUAUAUUAUCUAUAGUAGUCACAUUGGUUAAUAAGAUCAUUUAAAACUAAAACAUAAGCCAAACACUGGUUUACAUUUUGAGGGAUGGAAUUGUAAAGUCAUGCACUCAUCUUCAAUCAAAUUUUGGUUCAAUAACAGUUAGAGGGGCAGUCCUGGCCUAGUUGUUUUGUUGUUAGACUAUUAAUUAAGAGACCCAGGUAACGUUCUGGGAACCCAGGUUCAAAUCUCACCAUGGCACAAUUCAACAAAAAAAAGUGAAAUUAACUAUGAAACCAUUGUCAAUUAUUAGGGAAAGCUCAUCUGGUUCACUUAUGCUCAUUGCCAUCCGUGCCUGGCCUACACGUGACUUCAGAUCCAUAGCAAUGCGGUUGGCUCUUAACUACACUGAGGGGCAAUUGGGCAAUAAACACCAUAGCUAGCAAUGCCCAAAUCUUGAAGGAAAACAACAACACUGCACGGUUCUAGAUCCCAUAUUCUUUGGUUAGAACCUUACUUGUUUAUGAAUGUCUGGUCUUUACUAAUAACUAAAAUCAAACAACAACCUCAGUCACUCUGCACAGU